AAAUACGGCUCUGUGUAUCUUUCACACAACACAAUAGCGGAGACUGGGCCUGCCAUGGCGGACCAAGCCCGAUCAAGGGUUAUUGAGGACAAUCCUAUUGGAAAUGGCCUUGAUACCUUCCGCUCUUUGUUCAAAUCGACCUGCGAAGGUAGAGGCAUCUCGCGCGCACGCGACGCGUUGGAUCAGCUUGAUCAAGAAGAUCUCCAAAAUCUCGCACUCUCUUUUCUUUCCUCCCUGCAAAGCCUUGCUGUUGCAAGCCUGCUCCUUUCGAAGAUAGUCUAUAACGCCGUCACGGAAUCCACCCUGCCUCCCCGACCGGUAGCCUCUUCCAUCCAACAAACCCCAUGGCUGCGCAAUACCAGCAGCUUCGCGAACUCGUCCGAAUAUCGCAAAUAUGUAGAUGACGUGCUUAAGGAGGAGCUUGGCUCUAUAUAUAUCGGGCUCUGCAACUUUCACGAGAUAUACUUCGGAGACGUGGCCGACCUUGAGACGGCGUCCAAGGCAUUCUUCAAGCACGAGAAGCUAGCGGCAUUUACAGAGGGCAACAAGUCAACCCCGACGCGUCAACAAAGACCACUAGCAAAACCCAAUAAGCCAAUUAAUGGUUCUAUAGGGAAACAAAAAAUGGACUCUCAGAUCCUCAUGCCAGGAGAGCUCAAGAGUAAUCGAUCCGCCGAUAAAGCCUCGGAGGCAUGGCUUGAUCUUGGGAGGUACGCGAGGGAAGUGCUCGCUGCUCAGGACACUCGCCGCUUCGUCUUGGGCUUUACCAUCUGCGGAUCUCUUAUGAGGGUAUGGGCGUUUGACCGGCUCGGGGGCAUCGCAUCCGAACAGUUCGACAUUAACAAAGAUGGGCUGCAGUUUUUGUUGACGAUCCUUGGGUUUCUCUGGAUGAACGAGGAGCAGCUUGGGUUCGAUCCGACGAUUAUGACGGCAAACAAGGAGCGCUUCAUCGAGAUCAAACGGAAUGGUUCGACGGAGCGGAUCAUCAUCGACGGGCUAAUGCAGCGCGCGCGUUGUAUAGCUGGCCGGGCGACGACUUGCUGGAAAGCCCAUCGCGAAGGACACCCGGAGAUACUGCUUGUCAUCAAGGAUUCGUGGCAGUAUUCGGAACGCGACGAAGAAGGUGACUUGGUACGCGAGGCGACUGGUAAAGGCGCCGUCAACGUGGCCCGGUACCAUCACCACGAGACAGUCCAGGUUCGCGGGGCAGACGACGACAUUCGGAGAAAUGUUCGAGGAGGACUGGACGUCACAAGAGCUGUGAACUACAGGCGCGAACGCCCGAUACCACCGAGCGCCAUUGCAACCGGCACAUCGCGGAAAGGCCGCAGCAGCAGCACCGUCAGUAGGAAGCGGUCAUCCAGCCAAACUGGCGCCCCUCUCCCUCCUAGCAAGAGAUCCUGUUCCACGUCUCCAACCAAGGCUGUCAGCACUCUACCAAAUCGGGUACAUCGACGUGUCAUAGUUCGUGACUAUGGCAAGCCCAUCUACAAGGCAAGCUCCCGAAUAGCUCUCCUUGCUGCACUGGAAGGGUGUAUUAAAGGACACGAGUCGUUACGCAAGGCCGGCUUGCUCCACAGAGACAUCUCGAUUAACAAUCUUAUGAUAAAUGAGGACGACGACAACCCAUCAUGGCCCGCGUUCUUGAUUGAUCUCGACCUUGCUAUUCAGGAGCAACGAGAAGGCACAUCGGGAGCAAAAGGUAAGACUGGCACAAGGGCAUUCAUGGCCAUUGGCGCACUUCUAGGCGAGCAGCAUUCUUUCAUGCACGACCUCGAGUCGUUCUUCUGGGUGCUCUUCUGGAUAUGCAUUCACUGCAACGGGCCAGACGAGGGCAGAGUCGUUCCACGGUUCGAGAAGUGGAACUACGUCGAUAUGGAAGAGCUAGCAGAGUUGAAAAAAGGCCAAGUAUCCCAUGAAGGGGACUUUAUCAGGACCGCGGAGGAUAAUUUUACUUCCUAUUACCGACCAUUUACACCUUGGGUCAACAGAUUACAGAAAGUAGUGUUUCCGAAUGGCGGGAGGUGGGAGAGGGAGGACAGAGCAUUGUAUUCUCGGAUGAGGGACAUCCUUCAGGAAGCCCGAAAAGAUUCAAAGGUGCUGGCGAACAGAUAGCCUUCCAGGUUUGUAACUUCGCCCGGGCGGUCGACUUGCAGCUAUCCCUGUUUAUUACUUCAAGAAGAUAUUAUAGGAUGACCACCUGAGCUACCAGACGAGUGUGAGGCUUGCGUAAAGUCGAAGGACCAUACCUUAAUUUCGGGAGGAAUUUUUAAAACCUCUGAAGAGCUGUGCCAUUCCACCGAGCCAUGCCCGCAUUGAGCACCGACUACCGAGCCCAACU